ACGUAGAAGAAGAUAAUUCACACUCAUCAUAUUUCUACUGUGUAAAUUAAAGAAUGACUUGGACUAAAGAGUCCAUGUCCAUUAUUGGAGAAAAAGCUUCGGUCAAAGAUGGAGUAUCGAAGGAGAUUGCAACGAAACUUUUUUCCCAUUCUUGAAGCAAGAGAGGUCUUUUUCUAGGAAAGAAAGUAUAUGGGUGAAAGGCAUAACUUUCCAGCCAAGGCGUCACACAACUUGGAUUCUGACAAAUAUAGAUCCGAGACCGACCCAUGUCACCAAACAAGGGUGUCUUGUCGAAAGUUACUGGAGAUCAAGAGACGCCAAGAGUGGAAGAGAUAGAGCUCACUCUCUGACGUUUGCGGUGCCACAUUAUUGCUAAACUACAACUGGGGUAGCUUCACUGCUGCUUCUUCUUUUCUUUUUUUUUUAAUAAAGAAAGGAAGAAACUUGCUUCAGGGUUUGAGCUUCGCUGUCAGCAUAAUUGUUCUUUGAAUAGUUGAUUAGGAGUGAGGCCUCCGUAAUUAGAUCUGCCGAUGGGAUUCCAUUUCCAGUUGUUCUUAUUUCUGGCUUUUAUCCCUGCUAUUUUGGCUCAAGAAGUUACACAUGCUAUAAUUAUAGUUGAUGGGAGUAGAUCGAUUGCUGUAAAUGAUGAUAAUUUCAUCUGUGCUACACUUGAUUGGUGGCCUCAUGAUAAGUGCAACUAUAAUCAAUGUCCUUGGGGAUAUUCAUCUGUUACAAAUUUGGAUUUGUCCCACCCCUUCCUAGCAAAAGCAAUCCAAGCGUUCAGGCGUUUGAGGUUAAGAAUUGGAGGUUCUUUGCAAGACCAAGUAUUAUACGAUGUAGGCACUUUGAAGUCUCCUUGUCAUCCAUUCAGAAAGAUGAGAGAUGGGUUAUUUGGGUUUUCAAAGGGAUGUUUGCAUAUGAAACGAUGGGAUGAAUUAAAUCACUUGUUCAGUACAACCGGGGCCCUUGUGACUUUUGGGUUGAAUGCACUAUAUGGGAGGCACCAGAUGAGGACAAAAGUUUGGGUAGGUGCUUGGGACUCUAGUAAUGCUCGCGAUUUUUUGAACUACACUGUUUCUAAGGGAUACCAGAUAGACUCAUGGGAAUUCGGUAAUGAGUUAAGUGGAAGUGGCGUUGGAGCAAGUGUUCAUGCUGAACAGUAUGGGAAGGACUUGAUCAACCUUAAAAAUAUUAUAGAUGAUUUGUAUAAGAACUCCCACUCUAAACCUUCGCUUCUUGCUCCUGGAGGAUUUUUUGAGCAAGAGUGGUAUGAGAAGCUUCUUCAGGUGUCAGGCCCUGGCAUAGUCAACUCUUUGACUCAUCAUAUAUACAACUUGGGUGCAGGCAUUGAUCCUCAUCUUGUGAAUAAGAUAUUGGAUCCUAAUUUCCUAAGCAAAGUAUCAAAAACAUUCAUAAUUCUAAAAGAAACUAUUGAGAAGCAUGGUCCUUGGGCUUCUGCAUGGGUUGGAGAAUCUGGUGGAGCUUACAACAGCGGUGGACGUAAUGUAUCUAAUACAUUUGUUAACAGCUUUUGGUACUUAGAUCAGCUUGGCAUGGCAUCAAAGUACAAUACUAAGGUGUAUUGUAGGCAGACAUUAAUUGGUGGGAACUAUGGCCUCCUCAGCAAAACAACAUUAGCUCCCAAUCCUGACUAUUACAGUGCUCUUCUUUGGCAUCGUCUGAUGGGGAAGGAAGUUUUAGCUGUUGAUAGUGAUGCUUCGCCAUUUCUACGCUCUUAUGCCCACUGUUCCAAAGGAAGAGCGGGUAUAACCUUACUCCUUAUCAAUUUAAGCAACGACACUGAUUUUAUAAUCAGCCUUCAGAACAGCAUGAACAUGAAUCUGCACGGUCGAGCGCAAGGCUUGUACAGAGAAACCCCACUCAUGCGUGGUCUUAAGAAAACGGUUUCCUGGGUUGGAAGGAAAGCAUCAGAUGCACCAUUGUUUAGAGAGGAGUACCAUUUGAGUCCUAAAGACGGGUACCUAAGAAGUCAUACCAUGCUUCUAAAUGGAAUACCGUUGGAGCUUACAAAUGAUGGAGACAUCCCAAGAUUAGAUCCUGUCCGCGUUCAUGUGAAUUCUGUAGUAUCCAUUUCUCAGUUGUCCAUUGCGUUCAUAGUAUUCCCUAAUUUUGAUGCUUCUGCUUGUGCAUAGUUUGUCUUCAUUGAUCUCACUCCAGCCUCAUUAUACACUCCUGUUUUUGUCAACUGUGAAGUUUCUUACAAUUGUAAUCUCAAUAAACUGCAGUCUAUGCUGUUUACAUUUAAUUUCUCUGGUUAACUAUGUGAAGUAUAAUAACGUUCCAAGCAAUAGGAUCUUUAGAUAGAAGAAACAAUUCAAGCAUGGUCAAGAACAAAUGGAUCUUAGUCAAAACAAUACUGGUCAUACUUCUAACAUUAUUUAUUUGAAACAAGAGAACUGAAACUGGAAGAACAAAUCCAUGGAACAGUGCCCAUAUAUCCAGAUCCAUAAUGAAAAGGAGAAACCAUCAGUAAAAUUGUAAAAAGGUCUUGAAUGUGAAUUUCAUGUAUGUGCACUCUCUACUUUCCAAGCAAUCGACGACCACGUUGGUUGGCACCUCUAACACGGAAAUUUAGCUCAUCCACAUCAUUAUGCAUAGGCUCCAGAGCUUUGUUCUGCCUGC